UAAAAAAUGCCACUCAGCAGUUUCUAGCCGUUAACACACCUCAGCAUCAUCUUUCUCCUCUGUACAUCAAAACAACAAUUUUCACUCACUAAAAUCCAAGAUUUUUGCUACCCAAUACUCAUCUCUUAUUGUUAAUCCCAAAUCUUGAAUCUUUUUCAAAACCCCAUUUUCAAAAUCUGCAGAUUUUGAGUACUUACAGUUUGAGAAUUUCAAGAAAUGAAGACUAUGAAGGGAAAGCUUUUGAAGAAAUUGAAGACAAUGAAAACAAUUGGGUAUUUGAAACCAGAAAGAGUCCUCUUUUCAAAUGCAUCAGAUGGGUAUAUUCAUUCUUCGCCGCAAAAAUCGAAUUCUUCCAGAUUUAACUGUCAAUCUCCAUUAACCCCUGUUCAGAAGAAUGUUCAGAGCAGUGUAGAAGAUCAAGAAGCUGAGAUUAUUGAUGUUUCUGAGCUAAUGAAGGAUCUUGAAGACGAAGAAAUGGAAAUCGAAGACGAUAAAGAGAACCUAAGGCCUGUUGUUGUAAAGGUGAAAAAGAUUGAAUCUUUAAGAGAAAAUGUUGAGAAUUUUAUUAGCCCAUUGAAGCCAAAGAAUGAGAAUUUUACUACCCCUUUAUUAGACUUUGAUGUAUCGAAUUUUAGGCGGCCCGAUUUGGAUUCAGGUACUCUGUUUGAUCCUAAUCUUCUUGCUUUAUUUGAGGAAGCAGUGAUGGUAGUUAAAGCUCAAGAAGAAGAGCGAAAGGCGAAAAUUGAGGAAAAGAUUUUCAAACCACUAGAAGAUGAUGAAGAAAAGGAACCACCUUUAAAAGCUCGAAAACUCGAGGAAAUUAUAGACCCUUUAUUGGAAUUUGAAGAGAAAUGUCCACCAGGAGGAUGUGAUUCAGUAAUCCUCUACACAACUGGCCUUAGAGGGAUACGAAAGACGUUCGAGGACUGUUAUAGUAUUCGAUUUCUAUUAGAGAAUUUUCGUGUUGUGUUCUUCGAGAGGGACAUUUCGAUGCAUUCUGAGUUUAAGGAGGAGUUGUGGAGAAUCUUAGAUGGGAAAGUGGUACCUCCAAGGCUGUUUGUUAAAGGUAGGUACAUUGGUGGAGCUGAUGAAGUAUUGACAUUGCAUGAACAAGGGAAGUUUAGGCCACUUCUUGAAGGGAUUCCAAUUGAUAAUUUUCAAUGUCCUUGUGAAGGAUGUGCAGGAAUGAGGUUUAUAAUGUGUUUUAAGUGCAAUGGAAGUCGGAAAAUUGUUCUUGACAAUGAUGAUGAUGAGGUUGAGUCAAUGAAAUGCCCGGAAUGUAAUGAAAAUGGAUUGAUUGUAUGUCCUUAUUGUUGUUGAAAUUAUUCAAUUGAUUGUUUUGUUCAUUUUUAUAGUUCCUCACAUUUGAGGGUGUGUAAUAUAAUGUCAUGUUUCUUGCAUGUUUGGUGUUUGAAAUGAAAGAUGAAGGAG